CGACGACAGCGACAAUCUUUAUCUAAUAAGAAGCCUGAUAACAAUUUUGUUCCUGUUCAUCUUUUUGUGAUUUCAAUAAGUGCAAAAUGCCGUUUAUUGUUGUGCAGACACGUAAAUCAAAAAAAUCGAGACCAGUUUUGACCGUCGUGCCCUCAAAAUGGGUAUCUGGUGAUGUCGUUUAUUGGCCUCCAACGAAUUUCGUAACAUUGUCCGUUAAUGGUGACUCGGAGCCUGUUAAAGAACUAUGGCAGAAACAGAAAUGCAAAGUCAUGGGCCGAGAAAACACUUUGAAAUCUGCAGAAGAGAUCGUACGAAAAUUGGAAAACGUAACGGAUUCAGAGGACGCUGCACAAACUACCAUCGGCACACGGGCGCAUCCAGGAAAAAAGAAACAAGUGUUUCAAUCGAAGACGUAUCAAUUAGCUGCGCUCAACAUUGAACCUUCAAAUGCACUUCAAUUGAGCCAAUCUGAGGCUUUUCGUAAUACGACGGAUAGCGAACAGCAUAUUGAGCAGCCAUCAUGUUCAUACCGUUCACCUGUUAUUUUUCACCCACCCGGAAAUAAUGUACACAACCCAAACCUGUCACUACCAACAUCUGGAAUCAGGAUACAAACUGGCAUUGCACACCCACCUCAAGUCUUUUCAUCCAUCGUAGGAACAUCUGUUGAGCCAGUAAACGCAAUAGUGUUUGAUCAAAAAAACCAAGACGAUGGUAAAUCAUUACAAGUAGAAAAACGCACUAGUGAUGAAAUAACUAUCAUCAGUCAACAGGGCUAUCCACAAGGAAUGGCUGUAAUGCAAGGCAAUGCUAGAACGAAUAUCGAGCAGCUGGACUGUUCGUCAGAGCAACACAUCAGUAUAUCGGAACCGCUUCAAAUGAUCCAGGCUUCAAAUGGGAAGCAAUAUAUAAAGCUUCAAGACGGGUCCUACUUGGAGGUAUCAGAGGAUCAAAUGAACGACGAAACUGUGCCAAUCAACACCAAGAUAAACGAUGUGGAAGAUACUAAGGAUGGACGAUGUGAAGUUCUUAAAAGUAUUGACGAACGAUUGACGCGGAUCGAAUCAUGUCUUCAGAAGAUCACACUAUUCAUGGCUGACGUGUCGAAAUUUAUGGAAAUCAGAAAGGAUACACAUGAAUCGAUAUCAAGUUCGAAAAUGAAAAUGGAAAACUUUCAAGAAGUUGAAAUGCUUUUCCCCAUCGAUGACGACGGCAAAUUGAAGUCGAUGGAAAUGAGCCUGUGUAAUCCAAGUUUCUCCGAGAAAAUCUCACGAUAUUUUUCAAUCCAAUAUGACUUGAAUGGCAAACGAGAUGGGAAGGCUAUGUUCAAAAUCCUAAUUCGGAAAAUGAUAACACCAGCAGUACUGCUUCCGUAUUCAUGGAUGGGGAAUUCAAAGAAGAAUCGACAAAAUCAAGAGCCCAACAAAGGGUUCAAAACUUCUUUCCCAAACAUAGUUAUUUUUUUUGAAAAAAUACUACGAGAGGCAGACAUAGCCUUCACAAACGAAGCUGUACAUAAAGCUUUCGGUGACCAUCUUCGACAAAAAUACACUGAAAUGAAUCGGUUUUUGAGCGGAGGUGAACGCAGAAUGCCGUCAUCACGGGUCAGAAUUCGGAAGCCUAAAAUUGAACUAAAGGAAAUGGAUAAUCAUGAGAACAAAUCUCAUUCAGAAAAUGAAAAUAGUUCGAGUUCAUCUACUUCUUUGAACGAAGAUUCUAGUUGGAACAAUGUUCUCUAGACGAAUCACUUUAAAACCUUACUCUUAAUUAAAAGUUUGGAUUUUUUUUUACUUUUAUUGAUCUGAUUUUCAAUAAAGAAUAAUAAAUAGUUGUG